AUGAUUGAUGAAAACGAUGAAGGUUCUACUCUCAUCAUCAACAACUUAUCUAAAUUGCAAUUCGAUGACUUGAUUGAUAUAAUCCUCUUGAAACAAAAAAAUAACUACAACGUACUUCUAAAAAACCUAAAAGAACUAGAAAAUCUAAUCAACCAACUAAGAGUCUGGGGCAGAAUAGAAAGAUUGAUUCUCAACUUUUUUGAUUACAACACAACCGUCAAACUAUUCCUAAUCCUAGAUAACUUGACCAAAUCUCUAACCUAUCUAAUAUCUAAAAUUGAUACUUCCUUCAACUUCAAUGCCACCAUCACCAUUACCACCGCCAUCACCACUAAUAAUAAUAACAAUAAUAAUAAUAACAAUAAUAAUAACAAAAACCAAUUACUCUUUUAUAAAAAUAAAGCUUCAACCAUCGAAAGGCUCAUCCUGGCAAUAUAUGCAACUCUCUCAAACUGCUUUCUAAUAAAUAAAAACCUACUAAAAGAUUUCAGACUAUAUCAAAAUAACGACCUAUCCUUUAACAUCAAAACAAAAAAUAAAUACCUAAACAACCUAAAUCUCAAAAUAGAUGGCAACAUCAUUCUCAUUAACCUCCUCCUAAUCCUAACAAGAUGUUCCAUCACCGAAGAUCUUUACCAAAAAUUCAUUUCCCUAAAUUUCUCCUCCUCAAACUCAAUCUCCUCACUACAAAAUCACAAUCUCAACCAAAAUUUCAAUUCAAAGAAUAACUCAAAAUCAUCAAUUGUUGAAAAAAUAAACUUGAACUUCCAAAAUAUGAUCCCCCCAACUAGAUUAUUCUUCCUACUAAUGUACAACGGUUAUCGAUAUGACUCAAUAAUUACUCAAAGAAAUAACUUUAUCAAGCUAAUCAAUAAAAUAAUAUCAAUUAUGCUCGUUUCUCUAAAAAAUAUAAACAAAAUAGCUAUAGCCAUCCUAUCCGAUAAUAUCUUCCCUCCUUCUUCUUUUUCCUCAAAUCAAAUCCCAUCUUCUCAAAAUUCUCACCCACUCUCAAAUUCAAACCAAAACCAAAACCAAAACCAAAGUCAAAACUUCAACCCACUUCAUAAUCAAAAUUCAAAAAGAAAUUUGUCUCUAACCUCAAACUUGUUUUCUUGCAAAUAUAACUUUAAAAAUAAAGAAUCCUUUAAUAAAAAUAUAAACUUCAUAAUAGUAGAAUUGUUAAAAGCUAUAUAUGCCUUUUUUCAUAAUUAUAAAUAUUUGCUUCCCUUUUUAUCUUCCAAUACCUCCACCACUAAUAACAACUUUCAAUUUUCAAAUUCAAAUGAUUCUUCUCUAUUUAAUAACCUCUCCCAUAACCCUCAAACAAGUAAUAUGACUGCCUCAACAAAUUCCACUAAAGACUCUACUAAAAACUCAUUUCCUCAAAUUGAUCCUAAUAACGAAAAUUCCUCAAAUCUGAUAAGAAAAAAUAGUAUGUCUGCCUCAUCUCUAAUUUCAACUGACUCUGGUCCACAUACAAACUCAUUACCUUACACUUCUCAACAAAACUUUCAUAAAAAACCUCAACUUUCAAUAUCAACUUCAAAUCUUAAAAAAAACAAUAACUUAUCAAAUUUAAAUUUUCAAUCUCAAAUACAAUCACAACAAAAUCCUCAAAACCAAAAUCAAAAUCAGCAAAAUAAUUUUAUGUUCAAUCCUAAAAGAGCUUCAAACUUUAAAAGAAUUGUCACAAAUAAUACUGCAAUUAAAAUCAAUACCUCCGAUUUCAAUAACAAUUCAAACAAACUAAGCUUAGAAAUUGAUAACAAAGUUAACGAAGUUUCUCUUUUAAAAAACUUGGAGUUAUUCAUCGAUUUUCUUGGAAUUGAUAGAAUGUAUCUAAUUAACAUGACAUCCACUGUGGUUUUUAAAUCAAAUAUCACCUAUUCUUACAAUUUUACCAGCUUGAAUUUUUUGUUGUUUAAAAAUAUCGGAAAUCUAUUUAUAUCAAUUCCAUACAAUUUAAUCGAUCAGGUAUUGUUUAACACUUUUGACAAUAAUUUGAUUUCCAAUAACAAUUACUAUGAUAAUAACACUGAUUUUGAUUUUCUCGAUGAUGAUCAGCAAUCCGAUAGUGAUACCGAUAUGGAGGUUGAUUCCGAAAAUGCUAAAAAUGAUACCAAACCAAUAAGCUUUUCAAAUACUCAAAAUAAAGAUAAUAAAUCCACUACUGAAGAAAUUGAUAAAGAAAUUCAAAAAUCAACCAAAACUAGAGCAAAAGGUAAAUCAACCUUUUUAACCGGUUUGAAUUUUCAUAAUAAUAACAUUAUUGCUGUUGGUGGAGAAGAUGAAACAAAUAUUUAUAAUGAAUCUGAUUUAGAUGAAGAUUCUACAAACUUGUUCAAUUCGGACUCAGAAGAUGAUGACCAUAUCGAUUCACUAAGUUUUAAAAGUCCAAGAAGUAAACUAAAACACUUGCAUAGAAUUAAAGAUACACACAAAAUCUCAAAUUACUCCGAAGCAAAUAUUCUAUCUGAUAAAGAUAACAAAGAAAUUUCGGCAAAUAAUUUCUUUUACAAGAAAAAUCAGUUAUUAUACAAUUUUAAAAAAUUUGUUUUCAAUUUUUUGAGUUUAAUGAGAUAUGAACUUUUGAAUCAGAAAUCUUUAGUGGUUCCUUAUGGUAUUUCCCCAGAUAAUAUUAAUAGCAACACUAACAACAACAAGGAUCAAAUGCCAUCCCAAAAUAGCUUUCCAAAUUCUCCAAUAACUCCAAAUUCCAAAAACAAAGAUAAACUCAAAAGUAAAUUCAUUGAAGAAGAUAUUUUAACAAUCUUGUUAUUAGUGAAUUACAUUGCAGGGUUUAAAAACUUCUUAAUUAAUCAAAUUGAAGAUUUUAAAAAUGAAAUGUUACUAUGUAGUUCUGAUGCUACAUUAUCAAAAAAGAAAUAUAAACUUAGAUAUAAAAGACAACUCAAAUUAAUUAGAAAAAAGGAGUAUUUUUUAAAUGACAUGGAAAAUUUACUAAAAGAACAUUUGCUUCCGGUUUCAAAAUCUUUAGAGGAGCAGAUUGAAAAAGAACAAGAACUUAUGAAAAAAAUGUAUAGUGGUUUUUUGAAUAAGAAUUCGGAAAAAAAUUCCAAUAAUUACUUUCAAAAAUCGUUUCCUCAAAGUAAUAAUGAUGCAGGUAAAAGAUAUUCUUAUGCAAUUAAAAGUAAUUAUAAGUUUCAUCACAAUAACCAUAUUGGCGCUAUAUCAUCUACUCAAAUAAACUCCGCUAAUCAAAAUAUUAAUCCAGAUGAUAUACCUGUUUUUUCCAAUUUGAGAUUAUAUUCACUUUUAAUCAAGUGCUGUAAGGAUCCAUUCAAGUCACAGAAAAUCAAACUUUUGAUUAUUGAGAUGUAUUUUAAUUUAAUUGUUGGAAAUGAGGGCAAAUUAUCAAAUCCAGCAGCGUCUAACUUAUUGUUUUUUAGUUUCAACCAGCCCAAUAUUUUUUCGGGAAAAAGCAAAACCACUGUUAGACACUCGAUAUCUAAGAACAACAAUAACGCUAAUAAUGAUGCUGAUGAUUUAUCUACUUAUUCUGACUAUAUUAAUUUUGAUAAUAUCAGUGACAAAUCUUUUAUUUUAGAGACUCCUGUUGAUACUCAAACAAGUAAGAAUUUUAAUAAUAUAUUUGAUCAAGUAAAUAGAUAUGAUAAUGUCAUCCCCUCUCCUCCGAUUUCAAAUGAAAACAACAUUGAACUUGAACUUGAAAAAAAUGAACAGAGAAACAAAGAAAUAUUGUCAAAAUUUAAAAGAUUUCUUAAAAUAUUCAUUGAGAAUGAUUUACACUUUCUAACAUUUACAUUUUUGCAGAAUAAAAAAAUUAUCACCAAUGAAUCUGAUUUGAAAACAAUAAAUGAUUUUUUUGAAAGCACCACACCCGAUAUAGUAUCUUCCUGUUCAGUAUCUGUGCAUUCGCAUUCCAAUAAAAACAUAAGUGAAGAUCAAGAAUCUGAUUAUUUUGUUUCCCCACCUGCUGAUUUUACAAGACAUUCGAUUUCAUCCAAUAAAUCGUCUCAAUCCAACUCAGACUCAUUGAUGAACUAUUCCAAAUAUAUCAACAAGCUCUCAGAUUCAUUAAAAAGAAAGUAUUCUCUUGCAAAGUCUACUUCCACGUUGGUAUUGCAAAAACAUCCUUCCAGACAAAUGUCUGUUGGAGACAUGUUAUCGAAAUACGAAUUCAAUCCAGACAAUACUUCAAUUGCAUCUUCAACCAAUGUAAAUAGCAUAAAUUAUAAUGCAAAUCCAAAUAUGAGAAAUUAUGGGGGGAAAAGUUCAAACGCUUCAAUCUAUUCAGUAACUUCUAAUGUUAGUUCAUAUACGAAUAAAAGUGCAGCUCAAAGUAGGAGUGAACAAGAUUGGACUGAAGAGGAAAAAUUGAGAGAAGCUGAAAAAUUAUUUUCUUUAAUCGAAAGAUUAGAGAAAAAUGAGGUAUUUGAAGCUAGUUCGAUAAAUAAAAGUUAUUAA